AUGUCAACUUUACACUUUCACUUGACACAACACACCUCUAUUAACCAUCCAAUAAAUUCAACACUUCUCAUGGCUACAGUCUGGACUAUUAAUCAUCUUUAUGUUGGCUAUACAAAUACUUUAUCGUUUUCACUAUGGUCAAGAACAGCGGAUGAUGACAUUUUUCACAUACAACUACUUGGUGAUAUUUUGACAUCUACCCGUGAUUCUCAAUUGAUUUAUGUCAUUGAAAUGGCUGAAAAUAUUCAUUGCCAUGGUCAACAACUUUUAGGCGAUGAUAUCAUGACGAAAAAGUGUCUUGUCCAUAAGGAUGUUAUCGUGAUUAUUGAUAGUUUUGAAUCUUUCAUGCGAUUUAAAAAGGAACUUGCCAAGGAAAACUAUCUCGUUCGAGGCUUUUACACAAUCAUCUACACUGGAAACAAACAAACCUAUUACAAUGUCAUUUAUCGAAUAUUUGAUGAACUAUUUAGAGUCUUUAUGACAAAUGUGAAUAUCUACGUGGAGGUCCUUGAUGAAACACUGGUUUACACGUUUUUUCCAUUCACAAAGUUUCACUGCCGCGGAUCAUAUCCAAUAUUGCUGAAUAGAUUCACUCGAAAAGAUGGGUUUAUAUUUCAAAAAUCAUUCUUUCCAAAUAAAGUUGAAAACUUUUAUGGAUGUCCUUUGACAGUGUCCACUUGGGAUGGGCCACCAUUUAUAUUUUUUGAAAGAAAACAAAAUGGAGAACCAAAUGUUUAUGGAAUCGAAGGAGACCUUUUGCAAAUGCUUGCAGUCAAAAUGAAUUUCAAGCUCGAAUUCAUAGAAACAGAUAUAAGAGGAAGAAUUUUUCCCAAUUUGACAUCUGCUGACUAUGGAGCUGUCAAACAUGUAAUGGAUGGAACAGCAAAUAUUACCAUCAAUAGCUUUGGUUAUCAGGAGUUCCAUUUGAAGGCUAUGUUAGCAUCAUAUACCUACGCUAACUAUGACAUUGUUGUUGCAAUCCCUCAAGGUCAACCUCUGAGUUCGUUUCAAAGAUUAACAAAACCGUUUAAGUACAUAAUUUGGUCAUGUCUCUGCACAAGUGUCCUGAAAGUUAAAGAUUUUGUUUUUGGACCAUUGAAUACGAUACCGUUUACCAACCUGGUUAACGUCUUCUUUGGUGGCCCAGUGACAGUUCUUCCUUUCGCUCGAUAUAUCCUUUUAAUCUGGCUGUUAUACACAAUGGUCUUAAGGAAUGCUUAUAGCGGUGAAUUGUAUAUGAUGCUUCAAGACUCUUCAUCAACAACAACUCUAAAAAAUGUCGAAGAAAUGGUUAGUAAAAAUUAUACAUUUUGGUGUGCUGACAAUACAAUUGAAGUUGUAUUAAAAUCUACCAACUCUAAACUCUUGGAAGUUUUUCGCGGGUUUCCUUUUCGUUAUUUGUCAAAACUUCGUGAAGAAAAUAUCAAAAUUGGUGUGGUUAUUUUUAAACCGUAUGUCCGCAUUUAUAAUCGUAUAUUUCAUCCAAUACCGCUAAUUCAAACAUUACCAAAUAAGCUUUUAUCUGCCCCGCUAACAAUGUAUUUGCAAAGAAAUUCAUACCUUCUUGAUGAAAUUAAUAAUCAUUUGAUGGAUAUUGUUGCAGCAGGAAUGUUACAAGGUUGGGAUAGUUUUUAUUUAAGAAGUUUUGAAGAGAAUGUGAUUGAAAAGGAGCCAGCUGUUCUGUCGGUUGAAUUAUUGUUGGGAUUAUUUUGUGCUUAUUUUUUUCUUUUUGGGCUUUUCGUUGUUGGUUUUUAUUUUGGAAUUAUUGUCGAAAAUAUCACCGAUAUGUCGAAGUGUUUUUACAAUAUGCGUGGCCUUGAAAGCGGUGUAGUAAACUUUAAAGGAAGCGAAGUAUUGCGUAAAUUACAAUCAAAGGCUUUCAAAUGCUAA